AUGAGUGAUGAUAUUGGAGUUGGUGGAGAUUAUGAUUACAUUGUGAACACGUUAGUAGUUGAUAUCAGACAAGAAAUCAGUAUGGCAAAGCUACAUUUUAAAUGGUUAGUGCUUUUAGCACUUUUCACGGCGGAGAAUACCCGCGGACAGUACCAGGCUUACACCGUACAGGACAUUGCAGAUUUGCAGAACACAGUAUUAUAUGAAAUGUUCGACUAUUUCUAUUUUGCCCAGGAGCAACAGCUCACAACUGUAUUCGAGCGUAUUGCUAACAUUGAGAGUCGACUACAGGUGGUUAUGGAUGCUCUAGGGUUACAUGAACAAGAGGUACCAGAUGAAGUGGACAUUGUUCGACAAACUGAACCACCAACUCUUCCACCGCGUAGACGAACUGAACCUCCUGAACCUGAGGUGACAUACCCGCCAUUCAUUCAACCUUUCCCUAAGCCUAAUCGAGGGAACAGAAAGCCAAAACCUCGACCAACACCACCGCCUCCGGAGACACCAGAACCACAACCACCAACUCGAAGACCAAGACCUCGACCUCGACCAAGACCAGAACCUACAACACGACCGACCACGCGUCCUACAACACAACCUACCACGACCCCAACGACGAGGCCAACAACGCAACCUACUACCACACCACCAACGACCCCACCUCCUGUUCCAAGCACCUGUGCGGAUAUCUACGAUCAAGGUCUGUACUCUCCAAGUCAAACCAUGUACGCCAUAGAUCCGUUGCAAAAGGCAAAGUUCGUUUACGUCAAAUGUGAAUUGUCCGAAACGGACGGUUCACAGAAGAUGAUGACCGUCGUUGAGCAUACAAAGAUGGCUACCAAGAAGGUCACAGGAUUCGAAAACCGUGGUGACUUUAGCCUUGAACCGGUCUACAACGCAACCCUCAAGCAACUACGUGGUAUAACCGCUGCUUCAGAAUCCUGUUCGCAGUACAUCGAGUACCGUUGUCGAGGAGCAUCGUUGAUGGGUCGACCACCAAGGGGUGGUGAGACGUACGGAUUCUGGGUGGAUGUUAAUGGUGAGGAGGUGGAGUCUUGGGGAGGCGCUCCCACUAAUAGCAGAAUGUGUGCCUGUGGUGUCGAUGGUACAUGCGAGGGAUCGGGCUCCUGUAACUGUGAUGCGAACUCCAAGACAUUCAUGACAGAUGCUGGUCCAAUAUCGGAUAAAGAGAGACUUCCUGUCAUGGAUGUAAGGCUUGGUGAUACAGGUGGUAAGAAGGAGACUGGCUAUAUCAAGUUAGGACCACUAAGAUGCACAUGAAUAUCACCAAGGACUUGAAAGAUACAGACGGAAUCAAAAGAUGUUUGGAAAACUGUUGGUUUAUCUGGUGGAAAAGAAAGAAUCAUCAAACAUUUCGUCAACUUUUUGCGGGUUUUCGAUCGAGUUUCUUGGUUAUUUUGAUCAGUUUGCAUCAAACGAUAUAUAAUUGCGAAUAGAAUCAUACCUUUGCCUGGCACAAACUUCAUUUUGGAGCUAACACAUGAGCUAUAACCUUGUUCCUAUUAAAUUGGAUGUUUUUGUGUUCUAGCAGAAACCUUCAAAUGCUCAACUUGAAUUUAAAAGUUCUUUGUUGUCGGUUUGUAUAUCUAAGGUUGAAUACUGCUAGGAAUUCUGAAGACACAUAUUGAACAGAAGUAUCAAGUUUACACAUAAAAUAUGAAGAAUAAUAUGGCAUAUAAGGAUCUACAAUAUUAUUGUUUGUGCAGAUAGAAUGCGACUUCGAGGUACCUCAUUUAUACGUAGAUUGUUUGAUUUACUUGUACGAUACAAAAGGAGUAUUGUCUUAUUGGCAUGCAUUGGUCUUCUAUUGAAAGUGGAAUUUCGGUUUUCAACAAAGUGCUACUCUUUCCUGUGUAUCUAUUUAUAACAAUUUGGAACUAUAUUUAUUAAAAAUGAAUCCUGAUUGCCUAUAGUUUUAUCUUCACCAUAAUCAUUGAGCAAUUUAAAGAAAUAUAUCAGAUUUAUCGUUUUGCAUUGAAGAGAAGCAUUUGGGUUGUAUCAAGACAGAAUAAUUAUGUAAAGGAAAUUACACCUGACUCACAUUAUAACUGUCAAAGAUUGGUAUUUUAAAACAAACUAAAUACACAGAGCACGUGGUGAUAUUCAAAGGGAAUUGACUUUUAGCCAAAUGGGGACAACAAUUGUAUGAAUCAGAACUUGAAUAGCAAGUUCGACUUGGAUAAUAACAAUCAUCAGAUCACCUCCUGCAAUCGGUAUUGAGUGAACCUAGGCUAUAUCAGUCAUUAUUUAUGUAGUACCGUGUCAGAUCAAAUAUUCGCAGUCAAAAUGUGACGUUGUCAUGGAAACAAAAUAAGCGAAUUCACCAUGAAGAGCAGUUAUAAACAACCAUCUUUUGAAUAUAUCAUCUCACUUUCUUAUGUAUUUAAGAUUUUUUUUACCAUGAUCUUGCUCUAGCUGCUCUUUGUCACCAUAUUCUGUCUGACAAGCCUCGAUCUUUUAGUCUGUUCUAUCUGUCUGUUGAAAUUAUUUCGCUCAUUUUAUUUUUUUCUCUCCACUUGCGAUUAUAAUCUCUCAAUUCUUGUAAUAAAACAUGUCAAAAUAUUUACCACCAUAUUCAUGGUAUUCAAUAUUAUGCAAUGGCUCAGUGUUCAAUAAGUUUAAGUUUUGCAUUUUUUUUGUCAAUGUAAAAUAAAAUAUUCAAAUGGUUUGUUUUCUUUUAAUAGUAGUUGUUCCAUCGAGAUGAGAUAUAUAAAUUAUUCACCAAUGUGCCAAUUCAUGUAUUUGCUUAAUUUAGAUGAAUUUCUUGAUAAAAUAAGCUUGCUAUAUGCUUACAAGAGUAAACUGGCUGUCUCAAUAAAAAAAUAAAAACUAAUUAAC